AGAUUUGAUCUUGCGCCUUUGCAUAUCAUACGUGUUCAACCAAGCCCCAAGUAUUCACGAAAUGCUGCAUUUUGUGGUAACGGAGGCGCGUGAGCCUCUUCAGACACUUGGUCUUCCAUUGCCCGGAAGGAUGAUUGACUGUAUCGAUCGACAUCGACAGGAGGCUGUGCAACGCAUCAUCGACAAAUAUCACGGCCUUACCCAAUACUUCACGGUUCGAAAUUGCUGCUCAUUUGAGUGUAAUUCGAUUCUGCUAGGAAGUCUUCUCACGGCGAUGGUUGAGCAAGGCCUCUACUUCCCAAUGCCGGCACGGCCAUUUCAUGGCUAUAGUGUGGCAGAGCUCAUAAGUGGCGUCCCAAACUGUUCUGGCUUGCUCGGCGUUAUGUAUGUCGGGCUCCGCAACUUCGACGGUACAUAUUUCGGAGAUGUGGCCGAUCUCGACACAGCGUCCGAGGCGUUCUCCAAGCAGUGCAUCAAAGGCAGCACUCCGCUCUUUGAUGACUGA